UUCUCAAGCGGACGCCAUUAUAAAACUUGGUGGUUAACGUAGUGAGGUCUCCGGUGACAGAUUGAUGAUCUGCAACAAGCACAGGUGUCAUCGAAACUAUGUAUUGCUUUGGAAACGAAAAUGUUUACAAAUUGAACGCUCACAAUAUUAGGAUUUCUGAACUUAAAUCAGACGCCGCCAUGUCGGAGACACCUCGCAAAGUGAUCCACUUGCCCAAGGUGAGGAUGCUUAGCCGCGGCGGUCGGCUGUCCACCGGACUUCGAAUCACCAACGUCAAGUCAAUCCGCCCGCCGGAUCCGGAAAUGUUGAAAAAACAGGAAGAGGACAAGUUGAGAGCACAGUUGCAAGAAGAAAUAAUGUCUCGCUCGCGCGCGUGCGCAUUCAAAGGCCACGAGUGCAGCCUGCCGGUGCUGUCCGGCCGCCAGUACUGCUACCGGCACAUCCUGAAGGACUCCACCGCGCCCUACCGGCAGUGCACGCACACCUUCCCUAACGGUGAGAGGUGCACGCUGCCUGCACCGGCCGAGAGCACUGACCCUAGGGAUCCCGGGUUAUGUUUCGAGCACGCGAGCGCGGCCAUGUUGGCGCGACAGCGACAGGCGGCGCCGCCACGACCCGUCAUCACCACGGAGACGCUGCUCAACCAACUCACGCAUUAUGUCAAGACGGAGCGUCCCCGCACGACCUCGUGUGCCUCAUCAGUAUCAGUGGUGAGCGAUCCCUCAGACCAAGAGCAGACAUCUCCCGCUGCGCUAGAACCAUUCAAACAAAUCGAAGCGCCGGCAGUGAACUCUGCGUACUCGGCGUCGAUCCUGGAGUGGUGCAGCGGCAGCGACAGCGACGCGGACAGCGUGACGCUCGGGCCCGGCGGCACGUGUCGCGCGACACACGACCUGCUCUCCGACACCGAGGACGCGCCCGCGGAGGACCAGCCGCUCUGGCGAGCCGGCGUUUACACAGCGGAGGAGGCAGUGAGUGAAGCCAAAAACACCCUCAUCAUGCUGAGGUCCGCGUACGUGAACCAGAUGGGACGGCUAAAGAUGUUGUUGCAGACUGCCAGGGCGCAGUACAUCAAGUCAUUGAAGGCGGAGAAGGAACAGUAUUGCAGUAUAAACACGCAAGCCCGCAGCGGUCCGUUGACCGUACGCGAGAGAAGACAGCUGAGGAAGUUGAAGGCGUACGCGUCGUACCACAAAAAGCACGGGGUUGAUGCCGUGCUUAGUAGGAAACUGCAGCAUAAGAGGGCCAAGGUGAGCGCGGGUGCAGGCGCGGGCGCGGUGCCGGCGUGCGCGCGCUGCGUGUUCGCGGAGGGCGGCGUGCGCUGCGCCGCGCGCGCGCUGCCCGCCGCCAAGCACUGUCUGCGGCACGUGCUGCACGACCGCCACCAGGUGUUGUUCACGUGUUGCGGCGACAACCGCGGCGUGUCGUCGUGUCGCGAGACUGUCGCCAAGACGCCGCUGCCGUCCUCGCGCUGUCGCUACCACACCGACCCGCCGCUGUACACCGUGUUCACGCUUAAGAAGGACGAGUCGGACAGUGAUUCAGACUCACACACGUCUUCGGAGGCAUCGCACACUGACGCAGGGGAGUCGGUCGACGACAAGUCUGACGUGAUGACUGACGUCAAUGAGCCAGUGCCCGUUCAAUGACGUCCGUCCAUCUCGGACACGCUGAGCAGCAUGUUCUAUAACUAAUGUGAAGUGGAUGUGGCAAUCUAUAGAAUGAUGUACACGAAUGCGUAUGACGUGUAGAGACGUUCGGCCAUGGUAAAUCCUCUUCAACUGAAGUGAAGUGUUUGUAAAGUGGUAACGGCAAUCUGUGUACAGAUCUGAUGUGCUGACAGACAACACACACGCACCUUUUGUGCCCAAGGUACGCGGAGGCGCUGUAGGCUGACGGUCGUCAACGUGUAAUGACGUCCACUCUAACAAAAUAUUAAGCAGAAUGUUCUAUAACUGACGGUGUGAAGUGUUAGUGACGCGGCAAGCUGUGUAUAGAUCUGAUGUGCUGACGGGUGUCACUGCGUACGCCUAAUGACGUCCGGCUCUUGGAUAUCCAAUAUACUGUACAACUGAUGUGAUACAGUAUUGUGAAGUGAGAAUAUAGUGCUUUUAUAAAUUUAGAAUGUAAUGUAUAAAAGUGUGACAAAUACAAAAAAGGCAAAAUUAACAGUGAUUAAUAUAUAAGGAGUUUAAAACUUUUCUAGGCUAAUAUUAUCUGUACUAAAUAGUGAAGCCCUCAAUCAAUGUUAUCCACAAAGGGGUAGGUAUAGAUGUACGUAUAAGUAACUAAUGUAUACACAGCUCUCACACUUACAUCCACGCUAAUAAGGAAAUGUCUAUAUUACCUGAUUCCCGAUUAUAGUAAUUGAAGUAAAAUUUAUGUUUAAUUGGCAUUCCUCGAAUAUAUUAUCGUAAUUUGAGCAGUUAUCAAUUUAUGUUCAAUCGGCAAGUAUUUUUACAACAGUAUAUAAUCAUUUUAUAAGAGUUAAGUGAUUGUAAAUACCAAAGAUUAGUGCAUGCUUGGUAAUUGUUGAAAAGCUUUAUUAACAAGACUAUAAGUAUAUGAAUUUAAUAAUUUAAUAUUAAGUGUACAAAUUACAAUAGAAUAUUAUCAUUUAUAGUAAACUCAGGAAGUGUAUUUUUCAUAGUUUAUAAACCAACAUUGCUGAAGUAAUAUUUUAAUUAUGUAUGCUGAGUCAUACAACCUAUUUUCGCAAAUUACUGAUUUAGUUCACAAAGUAUUUGUAACUUACUUGUUGUAUAAGCAAUGACUUAGUACCUGUUUUCAAAGUGUCGCUGCAUGGAUGAUUGUUUAUUUAAAAAAAUACGGAAAAUGUUAUAAAAAAAAUUAAACACAAAAUUGAUGUCUCAUAAAAAUAUAAUAUGUACUAAAAGUUCUCAUUAUUUGAUUGUUGAAUUAUUUAACUCGGAAUGUUUUUAAUGGGCGCUCAUACUAUAAUCUGCUAUAAUGGUUACAUUAAGAUUUGACUACAUAAUUAUAAUAUCAGUAUUUUUUGGUAUAUGCAUAAAAAUCAAACUACUUAUCAAUAACUUAAUUAUUGCGGCUAAAUUAACUGUACUUUUCUCAGAUUAAAAUAGUUGCAAAACCCACCUAUGAUAAAUAGAUUCUCUCUUAGCAUUAAUUCAAAUAGUAUCAGGUAUAAAUAAAUAAGCUUUCUUUUUAUAUUUUGCCCAUAAUUUUUCAGUGAUUUUGCCAAUAUCAAGUAGUAAUAACAGAUAUUAAAAGUCAAUAAGCAGUGACCUACUAUGUAAGCUUUAUGUAUUAGCACUUGCACAGUCUUACUUAUAAACUUGAUUUAGUGUUUAAGAGGUGGUUAAGAGUUGCUUAAAUAGCUGUCAAAAACAUCACCAGUUUCUAGUUUGAACCUAAUUAAGAGGCAAUAUGGCGGUUUUGCCUUACAGCUUAUUGAAUAAAAUUGUUUUUUAACCAAGCAUAGUUUUGCAAAGUUUUUAUAAGUAAGAUUGGAAAUGUAUAAAGGAAAAUAUUGUUUUCUGUAAAAUUUGUUGACUAUAAUUCAUGUUCUCUCAAUGUCUCACCAUUAGCUGUCUUAAGGCCUUAUUAAUAAAUCACUUUGAGUAAAAUUGCAAGUAGACAGUAAAUGUAUUGAACUAUUUAAUAAACCCAACUUAAGCUGUUACUUAGGAGCUUGUUUAUAACUGACACGGCGCUGUUGAGUAAACGAAAUUCUGCUAUCAAAGUCUGCAUUCUGUGACCUAAGAUAUCAUUUAGCUCACGUUAAUCUGGGUUCAAGUAGUGACUAUCUUAAAUGUUAUCAUUAUUUUGACGUCUCAGGCGAUAUCGCACUUCAGAGCGGAGUUGAGUAGGAUCUAUUAACACGGGCCAAAGUAAAUUAACUUAUCAUAUAUUCCUAUGAACUUUAAUGCCCUAUAUUUAGAUCUGCAUCCAUUUAAAUUUACAAAACUUAGAUGGCUAGAUUAAGUAUAAUAACUAUUGGGUAGUGUUAUUGUAGUGCCUAAUACAAUAUGAUAACUGAAACUGCAUUACUCCGUCACAAGUAUUGAUUAUAUGAAAAGAAUAUCACCAAGUUAAAAUCUAUAAAAUUGUUUGUCAGACGUCAAUAAUUGUAUUCCUCAUAAGCAAUUGAUAUCUAUUAAAAUUUCAUGUUCCUCUACUGCUUUGUAAGCCUACCUCACAUAGAAGCAUCUGUACAAAAAUAGAAAUUGUAUCUCAAUUAAAUAAAGAUUAAAAGUGGAAUAAAUGUUUUCUUUGUAAAA